AUGCCCGCAUUGACCAAGCAGGCAUCGGGCUCGUCGACGGCGGCCGACCAGGCCUCUAAGCCGGAGCGCAUCUACGUCAACAACGCCGAUCUGGGAGAGCUCAAACUGACGUGCGAUGAGGCCGUCGAACGCAUCCUCACGCGAGACCACAGCAGCAGCUCUACGACGACCACGACCUCCUCAGGUGCCUCAAACGAUGGCAGCGCUGCGCCGGCCGACUUUCCGGCCUUCAAGGCGAGCCACUUUCAUACCGACCUCCGCCUCGCGCUCGGGUACACGGCCGCCGUCGUGAUGAUUGGCACCACCCUCUGGGCCUACUUUAUCGAGAAGGAGUGGGAGAACAACAAGCGCGCCUGCGGGUUCGCCGUUGCCGUCUACGCCGUCCUGUCGGCCGUCCAAGCCGUCGACUCCUACCUUCAGGGCAACACAAUCUUUGUCGGCAAGCGGAGGAUGCUCUCCAAGCGGAUCGAGACCGAGAACCUGAAGAUCGUCUCGCCUGCGUUGGGCCGCUCGCAGGAGACCGAGUACCUCUCGCGCGAGGGCAAACCCGUGCUUGCGCCGCCCAACUACUCGCUCAAGAUCGACUACACGCGCAAGAGCAACGGCGGCAAGAGCCUGCUCGGCAGCAAGAAGGACACGUUCGUGCUGGGCCAUCUCGGCGAGUGGUUCACCGAGGAUGGCGAGUUUAUCGAGUCGAUAUUCGAGGAGCGGCUCAUCUCGGGCCUGCAGAAGGCGUUCGGCCAGUGA